GAAAUAAUAUAACUCCAAGAAGUAGUCAUUGACCAAGUCAGUCGAUUCCCCUACCUCGACGGAGCAACAGUAAGAUUUCGAGUGGUGGUGCCUCAAGAUUGGAUAUAUCUCCUAAGUUUGGUUUCAUCCUCGAAAGAUCGUGAAUCUGAGCUGUGCAAGAUAUACAUCCAGUUACAUUAGUGAAGUGAUUAGUUCAAGGAAAUCUCUGCCGGAGACUUUAAUACAGUUUCUGCAAUAUUUCUGCCUAGGGGAAAGUAAAUGUAAUUAAUUUGAAUUGAAAGAUUUUAAAACGUGGUUCUUCUCAUCUUAUAACAUUUUCCUCUAAAGUGUGAGCAUCAAAUGCCUCUCUGUGAUUGUCCGGUGGGGCCUCCAGUUGGGCCCACCUUGGCGUCAGCAUGUGGCGGGAGUGCUUUUAUGCUGUUUAUGGGUCUCUUGGAGGUCUUCCUGCGUUCACAAUGUGAUCUCGAAGAUCCUUGUAACCGACCAAAAACUCGAUCGGCUCCAGACAUUGAAUAUGAUUUUAUAGUUGUGGGUGGUGGUUCCGGAGGAGCUGUUGUGGCUUCACGUCUUUCAGAAGUCCCUCACUGGAAAGUUCUUCUCAUUGAAGCCGGAGGGGACGAACCGACGGGAACGCAGAUUCCAUCAAUGUUCCUCAACUUUAUCGGCAGCGACAUCGACUGGGCUUAUCGUACGGAACCGGAAACGAAUGCUUGCCUUUCGUCUCCGGAGCAGCGAUGCUAUUGGCCACGUGGGAAAGUCUUAGGCGGUACGUCAGUCAUCAAUGGUAUGAUGUAUAUCCGUGGAAAUGCUGCAGACUAUGAUGAUUGGGAGGCACUAGGUAAUCUUGGCUGGGGUUAUGAUGAUGUACUGCCAUUCUUCAUGAAAUCCGAAGAUAAUCAGCAAAUAGAGGAAGUGGACGAGAGGUAUCACAGUUGUGGUGGACCUCUUCCCGUCUCCAAAUUCCCCUACCACCCACCGUUCUCAUAUGGCAUUCUCAAGGGUGGUCAAGAGUUGGGAUACAAUUUAGGUGACCUUAAUGGUGCCAAUGCCACGGGAUUCAUGAUCGCCCAGAUGACAAGCAAGAAUGGCAUCAGAAUGAGCACAGCACGCUCAUUUAUUCGACCAGCUCGAGAUCGUCACAACCUCCAUAUAAUGCUCAACACUACAGUGACCAAAGUUCUCGUCCAUCCAAUGUCAAAGAGUGCUCACGGUGUCGAGAUAAUUGACAAAAUUGGCCACACUCGGAAGAUACUCGUUAAGAAGGAGGUUAUUGUGAGCGGUGGUGCAGUAAAUUCACCACAGAUUCUCAUGCUAAGUGGUAUAGGGCCUAAAGAGGAUCUCAUGAAAGUGGGUGUUCGUCCUAUUGUUGAUCUACCAGGAGUUGGACGAAAUCUCCACAAUCAUGUUGCAUAUUUCAUCAAUUUCUUCAUUAAUGACUCUGACACUGCAGCACUUAAUUGGGCUACAGCUAUGGAGUACCUUCUUUUCCGAGAUGGCCUAAUGUCUGGUACCGGUAUCUCAGAUGUAACAGCUAAAAUAGUCAGCAGAUAUGCUGAGAACCGAGACAGUCCUGAUUUGCAAUUCUAUUUUGGUGGCUUCUUAGCAGAUUGUGCCAUGACUGGUCAGGUGGGUGAGCUUAGAUCCAAUGGUUCCCGAUCAAUUCAGAUCUUCCCUGCUGUGCUACAGCCCAAGAGUCGAGGGUAUAUUACCCUGGCCUCAAAGGAUCCACUUGACCAUCCCCGUAUUGUAGCCAAUUACCUUCAAGAGGAACAUGAUGUCAAGGUUUUGGUGGAAGGUAUUAAAUUUGCGAUAGCCCUGUCUGAGACUGCAGCUCUCAAGGCUUAUGGAAUGCAAUUGGAUAGAACUCCAAUUCCUGCUUGUGCCAACCUCGGUUUUGGCAGUCAACAGUAUUGGGAAUGUGCUGUUAAACAAAACACCGGACCUGAAAAUCAUCAAGCCGGAUCAUGCAAAAUGGGUCCUCUGCGGGAUCCGUAUGCUGUUGUUGACCACGAACUGAGGGUUCAUGGAGUGCGUGGUUUGAGGGUAAUCGACGCGUCCAUCAUGCCGAAAGUAACAUCUGGGAACACAAACGCCCCCGUUAUCAUGAUUGCUGAAAAAGGCGUCCAUCUCAUCAAACGGGCCUGGGGCGCUCGCUAAGUAACUUUCCCAUCAUCCCUCCUUUUGUAUGAUUUUUUUUUCUAUACACAACAAAGAGACAACAACACUCUGAGAUUAAGAUUGUAAUAGGAUGUCCCUUGGAGACAAUAAAUUUAAUUAGGAAAUUUGA